AUGAAAGUGGAAGCAACCAAAUUCAUAUCAUCAUUUCUAUUCUUAUUACUAGCCUCUAAAUUCUUCACUGUAGAAUCAAAAUGUAGACAAACUUGUGACAUGGCUUUAGCUUCUUAUUAUCUAUGGUUUGGUUCAAAUCUCACAUACGUUUCAAAAAUCAUGCAAUCCAACCUUGUCACAAAACCUGAAGAUAUUGUCAGCUACAACACAGACACAAUCAAGAACAAAGAUAUGGUUCUAUCUGAUACAAGAGUGAAUGUUCCCUUCCCUUGUGAUUGCAUCCAUGAUGAAUUUCUUGGUCACACAUUUCAGUACCAUGUUGGAACAGGUGAUACUUAUUCGUCUGUUGCUAAUAUGAAUUACUCCAAUUUGACAACUCCUGAGUGGUUGCAUAGCUUCAAUACCUAUCCAUCAGAUAAUAUUCCUAAUACCGGAACUCUUAAUGUUACUGUUAAUUGUUCUUGUGGGAAUAGUGAUGUUUCCAAGGAUUAUGGUUUGUUUAUUACUUAUCCUCUUAGAAUUGAGGAUUCUUUGGAAUUGAUUUCGAGUAAGACUAAAGUUGAUGCUGAGUUGUUGCAGAAGUAUAACCCUGGUGUGAAUUUUAGUCAAGGGAGUGGUUUGGUUUAUAUUCCUGGGAAAGACACAAAUGGUAACUAUGUGCCUCUUCAAACAAGGUAA